AUGAUCGACAAAGAGAUCAUUUAUGCAUUCAUAGAGAGGUGGUAUCGUGACACCAAUAGCUUUCAUCUUCCAAUUGGGGAGAUGAAGAUUACUUUUGACGAUGUAUCCUCUCUGCUGCAUAUGCCCAUCGCCGGUGCAUUCUUCAGUGUUAAUGUAUUUAACAAGAAUGAUGAUGCAGAUAUAUUGGUUGAGCUUCUCAGAGUUAGUCACGUUGUUACUUAUGUUGAAUUUAAUGUCACGCGGACAUCCACAAUUCUAAUUUGUGUUGUCGUGACCAGCAUUGGCAGAUGGUUGCGAGAGAAUUUCUUUUGUUUUUGGUCGGUCGCACCCUGUUCAACGACAAGAGUGCCUUCGCAGUUAGCGUUGCCUAUCUUGACUGCUUCUGAUACCUCAAUUCUUGCGGGGGGAUAUGCAUGGGAUGUUGCUUCUCUUGCUCUCCUAUAUGACAAUCUUCGAGAACCGAUCAUGCAUCAAACCAGAACAGUUUUAAGGAAAACUCUUGACGAGAUUGAUGUUGAUGAGGUCUGUUGGACACCAUAUGAGGAGCAUCGAGUGAAGCGGCCGUUUGAAGAGGUUUUUUUAUUUCAAGGGUGGAUACGUUGGGGUCCGAAGAUGUAUGCUCAUCUGUCAAACAAGGUAUUGCGUCAAUACGGUCAUAUUCAAAUGAUUCAUGGCUCACCGUUAGAGAAAGUGGGUCAUACGACCAUACCAGAUGAAAUGGACAUUAUGUUUACUUCUUUUGUGAAAAUUGAUCUCAAAUGUUUAAAUUUAUUUUAA